GAAAAGGAGAUAUAGCAGAAAGCGAGCAGCAGAAAGUCCGAGCUCAAUUAUUUUUAGUCAAUCUGUGUUUUGUGUUGUUAAUGAUUCACGGUGAGGGGACAGAAAUAGUGGAAACUGAAGGUGUUGGCGCCACCUUGGCCACACUCCAGUAACUCUGCAGUGGAGUAGCUUGAUACAGGGAAGAGGUGAGAGAAAACAGGCACUAGACUAGAGGAAGGACAGUAUUUACAGUCAACAUGAGAGAAAAUGCAGUACCAUGAGAGAACUAACUGCGUUUAGCUAGGGAGGCAGAUGUUAUUUGACAGCAAACCAAUGAAGUGCUUACUCCCGUCACUAGAAACUUUGGACAAUUAAGUCUAGACAAACAUAACCUCCCCUUGGAGGUGAACACAGACACAUCUCAGUUGAUGUCUACGUCAUCAGCGGCAUAUGAUUGAGGCGUAAACUUUGAGAGGUGACGGCAUAUGGAACAUCUACUUUCUACCAGAAUUUUCAUUGGAAAUCAACAGGUGCCUCCAUUGGGGAGUUCAAGCAGGACAUCUCCUGGAACAGGAGGUCAAGCGUUGGACUACAAGGUGGAGAAAGUGUUUCAAUAUCCAUUCUGAAUUAGGACAAAUGAGGACACAAAGGACUGCAAACUUUUAAACUUCUGGAUUUGCAGAAAAGGACCGAAGGAUUAUUUUUUUGCAGUAAUGUCCUCAAAAUGAGAGGUGUGGACUCGCACAACAAUGCCUUCCCUUUCAGAAUGAGGACCGUCACCUGAUUUGGAAUGCUGAUAUAUCUGAUAAGCACGCAUAUCUGAGCUGGAGGGUCAGUGUUGCACAUCAGCAGGAGAGAGGGAGAGAGAGAGAGAGGGAGAGCUUCUUUUCGGAGCACUAAGUCUUACCUGCAGACAGGAGAGCAAGAGAGGGGGGAGAAAGGAAAAGGAACAUACAGUUCUUGACCAAACAAGCUUGCAAAAACAUGAGCAGAAAGGAUUCAGGUUCAAUGAGGACAUUCCUUUAGUGCCAGUUUCAGGAUUGCUACGACGACUGAAAACAUCCCAGGGUGAAGUGAGGACUUUGGAUGUGUGUGCGUGCCAAAAAAAAAGGAGACGUAAAGAGACAAAUGCGAAAUAAUGCCUGAAAACAAGCAGUCAAUCCAGCGGACUGGGAGCUAUCUCUCUCACUCCGCUUACAGGAAGAUAAAAAGGGUGCUGAGCUUCAGAAAACGUGUGUUUGGUCAAAGAUUGGAGGAGACGGUCCUGUAUGAGAGGAGGUACGGGGAUCACAUGGCUCCUCUGGUGGUGGAGCAGUGUGUUGACUUCAUUCGAGAGCGUGGGCUCACUGAGGUGGGACUCUUCAGGCAGCCUGGCCAGGCCACACUGGUUAAGGAGUUGCAGGAAGCUUUUGAUGCUGGGGAAAAACCAUCUUUUGACAGCAGCACAGAUGUACAUACCGUGGCAUCUUUGCUGAAGCUGUACCUCAGGGAGUUGCCUGAACCUCUGGUGCCAUUUUCCCGCUAUGAAGAGUUUCUUGUAUGUGGCAAAAGAAUUCCCUCAGAUAGGGAAAAGGGUUUGCAAGAGUUAAGGAGUCUUCUUUAUGAGCUGCCUGUAGCAAACUUCAACCUCCUAAAAUACAUCUGCCAAUUCUUAAAUGAUGUCCAAUCAUAUUCCAAUGUCAACAAGAUGAGUAUCCAGAACCUGGCAACUGUAUUCGGGCCAAAUAUCCUUCGGCCUAAAGCUGAGGACCCAGAAAGUAUCAUUGGAGGGGCAGCAGUUGUGCAACAUCUAAUGUCAGAACUGAUCCGGGAGCAUGGCCUGCUCUUUUCCAGAGAGAACUGCAACCUUCCUGAGACAUCUUUACAAGCUGUCUAUCCCAUACAAAGACACAGUGAUCUUGUGGAAUGGGUGCACGAACCACCUUCCCACCUGCAGGAGCCUUUAAUAAACAAAGAUUACAUGUCCCUUCCAGACCAGACUGUAGCCUGUCCACGUAAACACUCUUUACCCCUAACCACAGAGAGGACAGGGACUUUUCAAAAACCUUGUGACAAAACAUUAUUACACCAUCUCUUCGAAACAGAGCGACAGCUUCAAGAGGACUCUUUGCCAACCAGCUCUACAUUAAUUUACGACAACCAAAGUCAACAUAACUCAGCACAAGAAUCUCUUCAUACAAGACAUGUACUAUCACCCUCCACCCCACCACCUGCCUGCACUACUGCGACCAAUGUGCUGGAAGCUGGGGUUGAAAUGUGCGUGCAGUCAAGGAGCUGGUCUGGCAUGGAAGAUCCCAGAUGGGGACCAGAAAGAGUGUUAGGAGAGAGUGGAGGCAGCAGUGAAGCUCAGGACAGCACCUUAUCUGUCUAUGACAAUAUUGUUACUGAGGUACAAGGGGAACAAUAUAUAGAGAACGGAGAUGCCAAAGGUACUGCCAGUGCAACUGAGAGCAGCAGCUCUUGGUCCUCCUGUGAGAUUGUCCCUUUGGAGGGGGAAAGUGGGAGUGGUGGAGCGGCUAGCCCUUGCCAUGCUUCCCCUGGACAGUUUCUCUCAUUCCGAAUGGACUCUGGGGAGGAAGACCUUCGUCCCAACUCUCUUGCUUCAUCAUCUGCUCCCACAGAUGCCCCUUUAAGCACUGGCAGCAGCGAAGUUUUUUUGCCAAACGCACCCCAGGAGCCCUUAGGGUUUCCAGCUUCUCAUGCCAUGCAGUGCCUCAUUGCAGGGCUUCGUCAACAGAUGACCAGGCAAAAGGCAGAGUAUGAGGCUAAAAUAAAUAGACUGGAGCAAAGAAACAGAGUCCUUCAGGGGGAAGUUUCAGGGUUGCGGUCAACUCUGGAGCAGCAGCGACGCUGGGUGAGCAUGGCUGAGAUCAAGAUGCGUAAUGUAGAGCGAGCCCGUGCAGAUGCCGACAAACGAAAUACCACUCUUCAACAAGAGAUGGAACAGUUCUUUGAAACAUUUGGUGAGCUUAAUGCAGAGGCUCGAAAAACCGGUCGAAUUGUUCAGAGUUUUUGAACCAUUCAGGUGCUGUGCUACAAAAACCAGCCUUCACAGCAUCUCUAAGGUUGCUUUAGAGCAUUGUUUUCUAGUCCUGGAGCAUCCCCAACAGUACACAUUUGGAUGUCUUAUGUGAUAUUUAUGAUAAAUACACAUAUUAGAAAGAAGCCUAAAGUUUUUACGAGGGUGAUGAUGAGUUAAAUGAGGAGAACAUAUAAAAUGUCUAAUGUUGGACAUGGUUUCAGGGCUGUAGAAAUAAGGAUGCAUUCCUGAGAAAACCAUUGCCCUACUUUUAAGUACACUACCUGAACAACUGUGUGGAGCAGCGUGUCAAUUUUAAAAGCCAUUUUUGGCCAUUCAAGUGAUCAGAGACCAUGGAAUGAACCAAAAAGUAGAACAUGAUGUCUAGUAAGCAUGAAUGCCAUAUUUGAGACAGGAUUCUAAUGGAAACUAGUCUUUUGGGAUGCUCUAUUAAAUAAGCUCUGGUGGGUGUCUAGGGUCUCACAGUUUUACAGUUUUAUUUGACUCCUGUGUAACCGACAGAAGACAUGCAUACCUUGUACACAAACAUUGUUCAUACAUGGAAUGUAUUUGUACCAUAUGAAAUAAAAUGUAAAAACAAUCAACAAAUGAUACUUUAA